AUGGAUUGGUCAAAGCUAAAAGUCACUGAGCUCAAAGCUGAGCUAAAGCACCGCGGCCUGGCGCAAGGCGGAUUAAAGGCGGAUUUGGUCGCGAGGCUUACAGAGGCAGAUGCUGCGCAACCGCAGUCCGAAGCAGAGCCGUCUCCGAUUCCUGAGCCCGUCCCUGAGCCUGUCCUCGAGCCUGUCACUGAGCCCGUCACUGAGCCUGUCAUCGAGCCCGUCCCCGAGCCUGCUCCCGAGCCUAGCCCCGAGCCCAUCGAGCCCAUCCACGAGCCUGCCCCCGAGGUCGUUCAAGAUGAGCCUGUACAAGCCUCGCCUGUUCAAGAUGGCAUUGCGGGCGCGGACGGGGCUAUGAUUCUACAUCAUUCAAAAUCGCCAGAAGAACCUCAGCCCGGAGAUGGAAGUUCAGAAAUUGCUGCGCCUGAUGUCGAGAUGGCCACAAUCGAAUCUGCCCCCGAGCCUAUCACCUCACCAUCGCGCACCUCUCCCGAAGAUGUUGCGGCCGAGAAGAGUUUGGAACAGCUGCCGGAGGCUAGGGUAGAGGCUAUCGUCGAAGAAACUGUCGAGGCCGGCGAGACCGCGAAUGCAGCUUCUUCGCCAAGUGCGGCGGGCACACCGAUUACGGAUGUAAAUGCGGAUAUUCCACUGCAGCAUGAUCUGCCGGUGCUGCCCCAAUCAUCGCAAGAUGGUCAAAAGCGAAAGCGUUCCCCGAGCGUUUCUCCCGGGCCGGAAGAGGAGGCACGAAAGCGCCAGCGGGCGGAUAGUCACUCAGAGCAGGGAGAGGCUAGUACUACUGCUGCCGCCUUGGACGACGACGUCGAAAUGGAAGUGCCACCCACAGAGGAUCGCAUCGCUGGACCCUCCCUAGAACCGGCAGCACCUCCAACCCAGGAGCCUGUCGCCUUUGAAAAGAGCCGGGCGACACCCGACGCCCCACGGUUGACUGAGUCCGAACCUGUUUAUGAGAUGCAAGUCGAACGAGAUGUUCCACCCGCAAUCCACCCCGCCACGUCAGCGGUCUAUAUUAGGAAUUUCAUGCGGCCGUUGAGGGUACCGGAUGUUCAGGAAUACCUCGCCAAGGUUGCAGCCCCGCCCAGCGCAGAGCCUUCCCUGGACGAUAUUGAGAACUUCUUCCUCGACCAAAUCCGCACACACGCAUUUGUGGUCUUUAGGAGCGUUUCGGCUGCAUCCCGCGUCCGAAAUGCUCUUCACGACUGCGUUUGGCCAGAUGAAGUGAACCGCAAACCGCUGUGGGUUGACUUUGUUCCACCAGAGAAGGUGGACGAAUGGAUUGCCAUCGAAGCCUCGCAAGGCGGAGGCAGGAGCUCCAUGGCCAAACGUUGGGUUGUCAACUAUGUCGAUGAUGAUGAUGGAAACAUCAUCGCCCGCCUAGAGAAUGAUGAACAACCCCUCGCAUCCCGACAGGUCCCGGGAUGCGGGGCCCGGUUCCGGCACCGUCGUCGCAUAGUAAUGCCCGGGCCCCCUCCCUCCGAUUGCGUCGAGCAGCAUAAACAAUAUUCCACUAGGCCCUCGCCCGCAACGCGGUCAGCAGAACAUCCCCCAUCCGCGGCCACGGCCGAGGCCCGCAGGACAGCCAGGUGGCAAGACGUAGCCCAGCAGCGACUUGAGGACAUGCGCUCUUAUUUCACCAGGGAUACGCAGCGCGAUCUAGGCAAGGAGAUUAACCGAUAUACAUUCGAGGAUGGAGCUCGCUUCGUCGAUAGGGGACAGAAGUUUUUCACGGAAUUCGUCCACCUCAUCGUGAGAGCAAUCGGGGACCACAAGGCCACGGGCGGCCGCCACGACGAGAUGGCCCGCGAUUCGGCGGCGGCGGAAGACGAGGUGGUGGUGGUGGCCCGCCACCCUCUUCCGACCCCGAAGCGAUAG